AAACUUCACACCGUUUUAGAAAACAGCUGACUUCAGCUUGCUGGGCUGCUGGUACCUGCGCUCAGAAUUAUUUUUCACCUUUUUCAUUAAAAAAAUAAAUAAUUUUAACAGCAACAAUGCAGGUCAAUCUAUGGAAUUUCAUGUCCGUUUCUGUGAGGCCAAAUUGUAUGAAACGUGUUAUUAAUCCGGCAUUAUCAGCAAUUCAGCAACGAAGGUAUGCAAGUUCCUUGGACGCAGAUCUUGUUGUUAUUGGAGCGGGUCCAGGUGGUUAUGUAGCCGCAAUUAAAGCUGCCCAAUUGGGCAUGAAAACAGUUUGUGUAGAAAAAAAUCCAACACUAGGAGGAACAUGUCUUAAUGUAGGUUGUAUUCCAUCGAAAUCAUUACUCAACAAUUCUCAUUACUAUCACAUGGCACACAGUGGAGAUUUAAAUCAAAGAGGUGUUAUAGUCGACAAUGUUAAACUUGAUUUGGAUAAAUUACUGCAGCAAAAGGAUAAUGUAGUGAAAGCACUGACCGGUGGAAUCGCUGGUUUAUUCAAGAAAAAUAAAGUUGAAUGGGUCAAAGGUCACGGAAAAAUAACAGGAAAAAAUCAAGUUAGCGCUUUAAAUUCAGAUGGUUCUGUAGGCACAACAAUCAACGCAAAGAACAUUUUGAUCGCAACCGGAAGUGAAGUCACACCGUUUGCCGGUAUCGAUAUUGAUGAAAAAACCGUUGUCUCCUCAACUGGAGCAUUAUCUUUAAAUCCUGUACCAAAGAGGCUCAUUGUUAUUGGCGCCGGUGUUAUCGGUCUCGAAUUAGGAUCAGUAUGGCAAAGAUUGGGUUCAGAAGUGACGGCUGUCGAAUUCAUGAGUACAAUUGGAGGCGCUGGUAUUGACGGCGAAGUGAGCAAAACGUUACAGAAAGUAUUAACGAAACAAGGAGUGAACUUUAAAUUAGGUACAAAAGUAACGGGUGCCUCAAAAAGUGGUGGUGAAAUUCAAGUCACCGUUGAGGAAGUUAAGGAUCCUAGUAAAAAAGAGACUUUAGGCUGCGAUGUUUUGUUGGUGUGUGUCGGCCGAAGACCGUACACGGAAAAUUUAGGUUUAGAAGAAAUGGGAAUCGAGCGAGAUGAGAAGGGACGAGUACCUGUUAAUAAUCGAUUCCAAACAGUUGUACCAAAUAUUUUCGCAAUUGGUGAUUGCAUUCACGGACCAAUGUUGGCACACAAGGCCGAAGACGAAGGAAUCAUCACAGUCGAAGGCAUUGCCGGAGGCGCUGUUCACAUAGACUACAAUUGUGUGCCAAGUGUUGUCUACACACAUCCCGAAGUUGGUUGGGUGGGAAAAACGGAAGAGGACCUCAAGAAAGAGGGAAUCGAUUACAAAGUUGGUAAAUUCCCCUUUAUGGCCAAUUCGAGGGCGAAAACAAAUUUGGAAACUGAGGGUUUCGUUAAAGUUCUCGCCGACAAUAGCUCAGACAAAAUUCUUGGCGUUCAUAUGAUUGGACCCGUGGCUGGUGAAUUAAUUAAUGAAGCAGUACUUGCCAUGGAAUAUGGUGCGAGUGCAGAGGACGUCGCAAGAGUGUGUCACGCGCAUCCAACGUGUUCAGAGGCUCUGAGAGAAGCCCACCUUGCAGCCUACUUCGGCAAACCGAUCAACUUCUAGAAAGUAACAUUUAUCAAUAAGAAAAACAAUACAGUGCUUUUUUUAAAAACACAAUCUUAGAUCCUAUUUUAUUGAUAAAAUACUGGAAACUACAAUCAGAUCUAUCGUCGUACCAUCGCUAAUGUGCAUACAACUUCGAAUAAACUGUAAAUAAAUUGAAGAAUCGUUGAUUUAAAGGGGAACGCCCUUCUUUUAAUAGAUAUACCACAAACUAAAUAUUGUAUUUAUUCGAAAUAUACCAAUAUCCAUAUUGCGAACAAAAUCGCAAAUAUGGGGCUGUGAAGAAA